CGUAGGACCCCUUAUCUCGACUCUUUGGAAGCUCUUAGUAGCAUAGGAUUUCUCAUUAGGACUUAAGACAUUUUCUCCGUUAAUGUUGUUUCUGUGUGAAGUAGGUUACGAAGGCUAUUAGGCCAGGCAGGAGCUCAAUUUGGUUGUAAACCCGGCCUCGACCCCAGUCGGGAGUGGCUUGUCCCGGCUGUUGGUCCACCUCUCCCCGAUUCUUCGUAGAAGGGUUAUUAGUGAACCCACUAGACUUGUCAUGGCAACAGAGAAACAGUUUUUAGAUGAUGUAGGUGAAUUGCCAGAUUCCAGCAGCUGUAUGAAACCAGGAAGAUAUAAAAUUGCUAUUGUAGGUGAUGGAGGGACAGGAAAAUCCAGCUAUGUCUCACGAUUGCAGUGUGAAGGUUUCAGGCAUGAAUACAUAGCCACCAUGGGUGUUGAAAAGACAGAAAUUAUUGUACAUACAUCUCAUGGAGAAAGCAUUAUUAGUCUAUGGGAUACAGCAGGGCAGGAAAAACUAGGACCUUUACGAGAUGCGUACUAUGAGAAUGCAGAUGCUGCUAUCAUAUUUUGUGAUGUGACUUCUCGUGUGACCUAUAAAAAUGUCCCACUUUGGCACAAAGAUAUUAUGAGAGUUUGUGAAGGCAUUCCAGUUGUGCUCUGUGCCAAUAAAAUUGAUGUCAAGGAGAGAAAAGUCAAAAGUAAAAGUAUUACUUACCCUUUGAAGUUCAACAUGGGCUUUUUCGAAAUUAGUGUUAAGAGCAGAAUAUGUUUAAAGGAGCCAUUAGAAUAUUUACUUCAGCAUUUAACCAAAGAGUUAGACCUUAAAAUUUGUGCUUCGCUUGAUGCGGCAAUGUUUGGCGAGGUUGAAAAUAUAAGCAUCUAGGUAUACUGUAUUUUAAAUUAUCUGUAUUUUUAGGCAAUUAUGCCACUUAAAUAAACUUAUCUAUACUUUUAGGCAAUUUUUACCUUAAGUUAACUUGAGAUGUAAUUACUGAUAUGAGGUGGAAAUAAAGCUGCAAGCAAAAUUAGAACUGACUCUUGGUUAAAUUAAUGGUUUUGCAUCUUAGUGUUUUGAUCUGUGAUGCCAAGUACAGUGAAGUGGAAAAGUCUAACUUGUCACGCUCAUUGUAAGUAACUACUACUCAGCAGAGCUACAUUUUCUAUGCACUGUUAAGGUGGAUAAGUAUAUUUGUCUUUUUUAGGUGGGGCUAUUUUGUUAAUUUAAAUUUGCAUGCUAUAAAUUCAUAACAUUCCAGUUGCUUUAUUUUUAUUGGCAUUAGAUACAGGUUUUAAAGGUAAAUUUUCUAUACAUAAUUGGUGUUACCUUGGCCUUCAAAGCUCACCACAAACAGUGGAUGGUAUUUGUAUCUGUCAAAUGUGUUUGUCCAGUUAAGAAUUAGUUCAAUAAUUAUAAUCAAUUUUUAUUUCUUAAUGUUUAAUCCCUGUAUCACACUUACAAAAAAAAUCCUGUAGAUGAUGGUACCUGUGGUAGAAUAUAGAAGAAGUAGAGCGUUUUGGUUACCUUGUGAACACAGUGGACUAAACAGUUAGUGAGAGAGUAGUGAGAGAGAGAGUAGCUACAGCAUGGAUGACAUGGAGGGAGACUUCUCAUAAAUGAAAAGUGUUCUGUUGAUAGAUAAAGCAUUACAAUACGAAGUUCGAUAUGUAGGGCCUUUGCUAAUCAGUACAGUAGAAACAUGGACAUUUUGAAAAGGAGUGAUACUAGAAUGUCAAGAUCUGUGUGCAGCAUAUGGUGAGAUAAGGAAUUGAUAGAGAUGUGGUGUUUAUGGGCUUUGACGAAGACUAUGGUCCCAACAGAUUGAAGUGGUUUCGAUAUGUGAAAGAUAUGAAGAACAGUUGGUCAGAAAGGCGCUAGAUAUGGAAGUAGCAGUAUGAAGAUUCAGGAAAAAGGGAAAAGAUGAAGAUGUAGACAUAACAGAUAUUCAGACAGAGAGAGUUGAGAAAAUUCAUUUCACAUAAGCUGAACCUCACUGGGCAAAGGUGACAUGAAAAUGUUUUAGUUAUAAUGUUGAUUGUACCUAGGGGUCAGGAGCAUGUGCAUAUGUACACAGGUGUUUUAUCAGCACAAAUAACAGGCAUUACUGGUACUUACAAAGUUCAGCUUCUACUGAUUUAUGAGGAAUAAAGUUGUAGUUACCCUAUAGUAAACCAGCAAGUAUUUGAUAGGAAAAGUUGUCCUGAAUUUUUUUUAUGAAGUGUGUACUCCAUGGGCUAAUUUAAAGGAGAGAAAAUGAACAAAAACAAAGAAAUGACCAGAUAGUACUUUCGAGGAGAGGGAGAGGGGGAGAGAAUGACUUGCUGUCUGAUUAUUCUUCUGAGAUGUAUUUUGAAAGCCAAGGCAAAAACAACCUUAUAAAUAAGAUGGUGCACUUACUUUAUCAUUCCUGUAUGUUUUCCAAAGUAGAAUAUGUGCCUUUAAAUGGCCAGUGACUGCAUAUGAAUUACUAAUGUUGAAAUGAACUGAUAUCAUUCAAGUACCACAUAAAAAUCUGUGUAAUAUUGUUAUAUUUAGUAUACCCCUUUAUGUUGAUAUAGAACUGAAUAAGAUUUACAACUAUGAUUAUGAUAUAUAAAAAUAUGAUUUGUGAUAUGAUUAUUGUAGCCCAUUAUAGUCCUAAUUAAAACCAAAUUCAUGUCUGUUUAGCUUUUGUUGAUGUAUUUCAAAUUUUGUAUUCUAUUUCAUAUAUUUCUUCAAUUUAUUGAUGAAAUUUAUUUAAAAUUUUUAAGAUUAUUUAAAAUUUUAAUAUUUGCACCAAUUUUGCAAGUUGUAAA